AGCGUGCAAGCGCGAGAAGGCGCUCGAUACCGAGUGUAGUAGGGCCGCCCCAGUGGCUUGCAAACGUGGCGCGCCUGAGACGGCGGUGUUUCUCUCGAGUCCGCUGUUUUCGGACGUCCAAGUGUGUGGCUCGCUGUCGUUAGACUUCGCUCGUUCUGUCUGCAGCGUCCGCGGUAGUGUUGAUUGUCUUUUUUUUUUUUCUUCUUCUAUCGAGUGCGCGUGUGACAGUGCGAGUUGUCUCGACCGUCGGAACCCAAUCGCUACGUCGGAAUCGGAAGCGUGUGAAGUGCCAAAGUCGUCCCGCAAGCCGGUCGGCCGUGCGUCGUAUUGCAGACGGUGUGAAAAGCAGACGAACUCGCACUGCGCGUGUCGUCUGCUACUUUUCGCCCCCCGGGUUUUCUGCGGUUUGUGCUCGCGUUUUGUGGUGGUGUUUUUUUUUUUUUUCCCCAAGUUUCAUUUUUGUUUUCUUCUACGGUUUUGAUUUGUUCGCUGGUCCUCGCUCCGUGAAAAAGAAGACGCCGCCGCCGAGGUCUGGCAGUGUUGGCUGAAAGAACUUAAUACUACGUGACUCACGACUGCGACGCAACCAGGAUAUCGACCCUGCGGUGAUCGACCUGAACGCUGCCUUAAUUGACUUCCGUGACAGCCUUGGCGCGAAAGGUGACUUCUGACUUCAGGUAAAGCCACCGGCCCGCAUUUCUCGGCAGGUUGAAGCAAGAAAAGCGGACAUCCCACAAGGAGCGAUCUUCACCAUUGGCAGACGCGCCAGCUGCAACUCAAAACUUACAGAGUUCCGAACGCCUGGAGCACGAGACCCUGUAGGCGCGAAGUCCGAGCGGCCCGCGCCUCCCACCGCCACCUGCCGGCCGUCUCAGGCCCUGCAUGAGGUUGCCGCGUGAAAUGACCACGUGACGUCACCACCCAUUGCUAGUGCCCUGAGCCAACGACUCCUGCUGGUUGCGUACGACGCAGGGAGGUCAUGGUGAGGUCUCGAGGCGAAGACACGGCGGCUCACGAAGAGGACCCGCUGGGCGCCGAGGACUGGCCUGACGAGGCGCGCCAGCCCGACAGGAAGAGGCCCAGGCCGGACUCGAGAUCUUCUAGCAACCUGGCGAACGACAUCUCGGAUGGCGCUCGCUCCGACUCGUCCUCGUCCGGCGGCCAGGGCGGCGGGACGACGAGCGACUCGCCCCCGCCUCCGCCCAUGGCAUCCACGGACGGCGCCACCCGACGAAGGCCGCCCCCGAGCGCCGCCGGUGCUGCCCCUACCGGCGGGAGGCGGCGGCGCAGCGCCCUCUCGGCCAGGGAGCGCAACUUGCGGCGCCUUGAGAGCAACGAGCGAGAGCGCAUGCGCAUGCACUCGCUCAACGACGCCUUCCAGGCAUUACGCGAGGUGAUCCCUCACGUGGCCAUGGAGCGCAAGCUGUCCAAGAUCGAGACGCUCACGCUGGCUAAGAACUACAUCAUGGCGCUCACGAACGUCAUAUGCGACAUACGCGGCGACCCCAAGCCGUACCAGUUCUGCCCAGCCGAGCUUCCAUUGCACGACGACGAAGAGGACGACAUCGACGAAGACGACCUCAAGGAGGACGACCUAUCGGUCAGCGACGGUGGCGCCCCCUGAGCGCCGUUUACACCGCCGCCGUCGCCACGGCCACCACCACCAGUCAUCGCAACCGAGCCGCCGCCAAGCCAAAAGAAGCCAAGCCAAGCCACCACGUCGAGUCACGCCACCACCGCUUGCUAAGGGUGUUCGGGACGUCGCGAGGGUUGGACUUUGGCGCGACGGCGGCCAUUCCGACAGUGUCACUCUUGUUCUUCUAGUAGGCAAAUCUCGCUAUGCAUCGUUCACCGCUGCUGUGCCGACCUCCGUAGAGGAUGCACUUGACGAGGCACCUUAGUUUGGGCGCCAUCUGGUUUCACUGGCGGCAAACUCUGGAAACACCCCUGGUUCGUUGUAUUCCGCGCUUCUGAUGACUUGUCGUCUGCAACGCGAUGGGGUGACAGACGAAGAAGUCGCGUAUUGGGCGCCGUUUAUUACUAGCGUGGGCGUGGGGACGUCUCGCUGUCAAAACUGUCGUCUGUUUAACUGCAGAAUCCGUGGCUUGAUUAGCAGCGGUGUCUUUGAUGAACGCGCAAAUUGGUGCAGUGGGUGACACUUUAUUGAGCGCGUGAUGGUUUCGUUAAGGGAGGCGCUGCUAAGACUCUGGAUAUCGAGAAACAUCUCUAGUUAUACACCAGUUCUGAAGAAAUGUUUUCUUGUUGCUUCGAGCCGAACACUGUGAAACCGCAUUGUGGUGUUAACCUUAUGCCGUAGUGACGUACCGGAUGGCUAUUAGUACGCAGAGUACUGUGUUUCGUCAGCCAGUGUUGUGGACUGAGCAGUUAAAAGCAUUUGGGGGUCCUGUCGAAGGGUUCACAAGUGCAUCUUUUCUACGCAGCAGUGGUGUUUCGGAACGUGGUCUCAGCGGGGGAACUCGACAUCCGAUGAGCUCCGAACUCUAGCUACGCUAUAUUUAUUAUGUUGUGAGAUGCUUAUACUCUGGAACACGGUGAGUGAGGCUGAGAUAGUAAUCGUUUGUAGGUGUUUUUUUUUAACAAAAUCGCCCGUUAGGCGCGAAGAGUAUUUACGAAGUCCGAAACCGUUUAUCUCGCCCAACAGCUACGGAACGCUGGAUAUAUAAGUCAUGUUGUUGUUUCUUUUUCUUCGUCAUAAGAUCUUGGAUUGUAAAAUCACAAGGUUGUCAUUGUUGCCGACAGGUAGUCAUUCAUGUAAAUGUACCAAUUUUUUGUAGGCUGAUUGAUUUCAUGAGAUUUCUUUUUUCUUUUUUGCGGGAGACUGCAGCUAUUGACGCAUCACAUUUGCCGGACUGAUCGCUUUAAGUACUUUCUUCAACGAAUGUAUCCAGUGACGUGAACUCGGGCGCAGAAUAACGACAUGAUCGAAUGCAUUGAACAAGCAGCAGAUGUCAGGGCAGCCUUCUCGCUUGUACAUAGCUGUUAUGUUUGUAUUUUUUUUACCUCACGAGGUCAUACGUUUCGUAGGAUUUAGAUCAUCAGUACACUCACGGAGGCUCAAGGUUCACGGUGCCAACAUAUAUGUAUUUCUGAAGAGCAUGCGUCGAGACAACCGGAGAUGUUUGUUUUUAUCUUAUCAUGAUCGCUUUUUUGUUCACGUUUGUUACGGCUCUCCUGAAUUUUCUUUAUUAUCGCAAACCUGCCUGAACAAUCAACCAAACGAAGCGUUCGCACAAUUUCAGGAGCACGGGUCCAAAAGUAGCCGUAGUGGAUAUUAUCACGCCACGCAACGCGCGCUUGUGCGAAUCAAGAUGAAAAAAAAAAGAACGUCAGCUUGGCCUCGUGGAGCAGCUGCUGCUGUAAAGGAAGUUCCCUACAAAACUUACUAGGGAGAACUCUGCCCCUAGUAUCUACGGCAUCGGCUAGUGUGGUGGUUUAGCUAGCAUAAGAAUUAUGUAUAGUGCUAGGAUAUACCUAAGCUUUGUCCUUCUGGCUUCUUCAAACGUCUUUCUGAGCUUGCGAAUUGAUCGGAUUCUUCAAAAUUGUAACUGCAACAUUUCUCAGCGAUUAUACAUGUGAGUGCCGGCUUCCUGUCACUUGCUGUGCUCAGAAAGCUACGACUGCUCGAACAUUGUUUGAAAUAUAAAGCGUGACUGAUAAAGUCAGGACCACGAUGAUUAGGUAAAUACGCGUAUUACCCAGCAUUGCCAUGGUAUUUGAUGAUGAUUUCAAAAAAAAACGUCCCCUCUGAAUCUGGAAGGCGACAAGUGGUCACGUAGCCUGAGUGAGCUACUCACGUGAUACUACACCGUAAGCUAGCCAUUUGCCUUUAUCUGCUUUAUCUGGUAAAGUUAUCUGUACUCCGUUGACGAUCCCAUCCCCGUCUCUUCCGUGCUUUUGUCUUCCACUAAUGCUCUAAACGUGUCUUGUUUAUCUCGACCACUGGCCAGCUAAAGGCUCGGCGAUUCUGGAAGGUUGACGGUCCCUGUGGCUCCCCGGCUGGGUGAUGCCUUCGUAUUCCAUUACAGUGUAAUAAGUCGUUUCCAGAAUAUUUUUUAAUUUAUUUAUUACUUGCAGCGGGCGCCGUGCGUCGCCCUGUUGCAAAAAUUCGCUCCAGUGUGUUUAUUGUAUUCCGUCAACCAGCUCGGGCAUAAAAAGCCGAGGCACUUACUUUUCAUGCUAUACUGCAAAUUUUUUUCUCGAUUACUCGCUCGCUAUUGUUGAUAGCCGAAUGAUCGUAGCGACAGAGCUCCCUCUAGUAAUUUUUUUGUGUGCGAAACUGUAGGGGCUGCCGUAAGCAGGGAUCGUCAUCGACCCAGCGAGAAAGAGCGUGCCGCUAUAUCAGCGGCGACGUAGCUUCUUCAAUUUCGAGUCGAUGCGUUCGAUCGCGCGUCGAUGCGCGAAGAUCGUGUCGACAACGAGGCAGAUGACUCGGGUUCCCCCUCCACAAUUCUGGUGUUUAUUUUUGGUUGUACGUCGGGUCGGGUUCGUGACUUCUUUCGAUAGUACACGAGAGAGGGGAAGAUGUUAUUUUUGUACUUGAUAGAAGAAAAUGCAAGCCCUGUACAGUUAGUUUGUUCUUCUUUUUUUUUCUUUUUUAAUUUCUUCGUUGUGUACAAGAGCAUUCUCCGAGCGAGGGAAGAAUGUUGUUGCAGUAAUCGACGCGCACAGCGCAUGCUUGAGUGUCUGGGACAAGUGGUGCGCUUAUCUUUUUUCUUUUUUUUUUCAUUCUCCAUUGUUUCGUUUUCCACCUUUCUGGACUGCGAAAGAUUUAUACAGCGACAGUUGCUUUGCGUACGAUAUUGCUUUGCCUUGGGUGACUCAGUGCCUUUUUUUCCCCUCUUUGCUUGAAUUUCAUUUUCGGAGUUCACUGUGAAAGCCAUCGGUGCUCCCUCUUCGAAGAGUGUCGUACGUCAUUCGCUGGGGUGUUUCCAGAGGCCGACAGAAACAGUUGAAAGCGCGCAGUGCAGAUGUCUUUUCUUCUUUUUUUCUUUGCGUGACAACGCGAUGCUCAGUUUGCUUUGUUCGAGAAUGUCUGGGCCAAGUGGUAUUGGAAAAGGUGCGAGGAGAUGGGACCGUUCCCUUAACAACAGUUCUAAAUUAUUGCUUUUCUCGUUUUGUUUUUCUUUAUUGACAUAUACUCAGUGCUGCAUCACUAGAUUUUGAAGGGCACCUUGCCGAACAUCGAUUACUAUCGAUGACAUUUUUUUAUUGCCGUGCAGCCGAUCGUCGGUGACAUUGUUUGUCAGCUGUUUGCGGUGAUGAUGCUGUGGACACAAAACGUUCGGAGUUUUUUAACGUUGUGCCUGAGGUGAUGCGAGACGAAAAUAUUGUUUUCAGUGCCAACGUUGUUUCAGAGAUUGUGGCGUUGUUUAGGAAGAAGAAGUUGAGUGAAUGUAGUUAUGUUAGCUAAGACUGAGCUCAAGGGAGCAGUGGAACAGUCUCUACUAUGGCGCUGACGUAAGACCAACUGUUGCGGAGCAGACAACUCUGGAUCCUUGACAAGAUAAUGUCUUGUUAGUUGAAGAAACGGGUCACAUUGCCCACAGACUAUUAAAUGACGGCUCGUUUCUCCAAGCCGUCAUUUUGUUGGUCUUGACAGCUGACAUAAGUCUAUUGGCUCCGUAGCAGACGACCCACACUUCUUUAACAACCGUGUCCCGGCCGUUCCAAAAGUGUGAGCUAGUGACCGCAGAGAAACAGCGGCUUGUGGUUCUGUUGGCGUGCACACGUUAGGCCUCGACCUUCCCUCUUGACGUCGGCUGACCUUGGCAAGUUUAUGCUGACGUCACGAUUCUAGUACAUCCGCACUGCGCGCUUUGGUGCUGUCGCCGCUGUUCUCUGCUCACGGAGUACAGCGUGCAUCGCUCUCUCAUCUCCGGUACUGCUGACGUCAUCAUUCUCUUUUGGCACUCAAAUCUCUGUCGUCUGCGAGGGAACCCGGAUGUUAUACCACGGGCUGACUGACAAUCGACGCCACUCGGGGGCGCUGCGCAUGCAUGCGCGUGCGCAUGCUUCUCGGAAAGUGACGUCAGCGAAAGGACUGUGCGUAGUUAGUUCCUGUGGUCUCUCAAGCAUUUUUGCUCUUGUUUCAGUUUUAUUUUGGUUUCUUGCUUUUUUUUUCUCUCUCAAUCUAUGUUUCACCGCGCAUUCAGCGUGGUGUGCUCGUGUUGUCUCAGGUUGCGUCGUGCUGUGUUAAACGUGAGUGUUGUGUGGUACUCUAUCGUGUGAAAGCUGUGACUAUGCAAGUUUAGCUUUGCUGCUCCGCCCCCUCUCCCACGCUUCCUCGCCUCCUUUUCCCUUCCCCCUUCCACUGCAAUCCUUCCAGCCAGUCGUCCAUACUCUCGCUUAUGCAGGCGUCCAAAGGCCGAACCUACCGUAUUUCGUCGUCGCAGUGUUGUGUACCGGUUUAAACCUUGGCGCUGGCGUUGCCGUACUAUCGUAGACUAUAGGUGCUCUCCCAGAACGCGCUCCUAGAUCCCGCCUAGCGGCGAUGGCAUCAGACACGGCACAAGUUAGCUGACGCUCCUCGUCGGAACAUAGUGUGCUCAUUGCAUGAGAUGUUCAGGAAUGUGCUGCGUCAUUCCAGGAUGCGGGGUUUCAGUAGGCGCAAAGGCAGACGCACCGUAGACGCACCGUUUGAUUGCCACGUGUAGUUUCUAGCAUAGCCGCUCCUCUGCUGAAUUCGUUCAUAGCAAAGUCGGGUCAAUAGCAUUUGCCAUGGCUUGACCUUCAACGGCCUCUUACGAGCUCGUGCGGAGAAAACUUGCCACAACUCUGCGGCGUCCCUUCAGCGGCUCGUGAGCGAAACCUACUGGAGAGCUCAGGUGAUCUUCAGCGUAUAGUUAGGACUGUUUGUGACUGCCUUGCAGCCGCACUUUGGCAGAGGAGAAUAUACAGAGGGAAAGGUGGUGAUUAACAGAAAGGAGUCUGCCUUGCUACCCUGCGAAGAAGAGAGCAGAGUGAUAUCUGCGUUAAAGGGGAGAUUAAAGCGUGCUAAGUAAUGCACACGACGGUUCAAACCACGUUUCGUGCCAUCGCUGUUAAGCAUCAAACAUCAAUAGCUCCUCACCCUCAAGACACGUGCUCGUUCACGUACUCCUUAUAAGACCCUAUUCCAAGACGAGAUGUUCUCUGACCUCUUCUGACGUCAAUUCCAUUCUUAUAUUCGCCCUACGUAUAAAAAAAAGAAAAGAGUACCUGCCGACCUUCGUAUAUUGUGCCCAUCGUCCGUACGGUGUAGUUGGCGCAUGCGCGCUGGCGACGUCGCGUCGAGUCUCAUUCCAGACGUCUUGCUCCAUGUCCACGCCCUUCGCGGUUGCCCACAGUUGUAGCCGUGGUGCAUACAUUUUUUUUUUCUUACGAUUCCAUUCUGUCCAUCGCAUUCCGUCAUUUGUCUCGUGAUCUGCAACCUGUCACAAGACACAUCCCUCUACAUCGUGCCCUCUCGUAGAAGGAUGUCUCCUAGCGCCAUCUGGCUCUCGCCCAGGUGCUGCGUUAACCCCGGCGAAAGAGGUUUAAAAAAAAGUAUUCUUCGGGAUGAAGUAGACGUGUAGUGCACCUUGGAAGUCUCCUCCUCCUCUGACAAAGCGGCAACCUUUGUAGCCACGUUACCAAUCACGUGAUCUCCCACGGAUUCUUACAGAGCGAGCUGUUAUCAAAGUUCGGAUCUGUUAAUUUCUAUUUUGCUUUAUUUCACCGGAAUAAUUUAGCUCCUCGGGCGAGAAGUUCAACAUCCGUAUAUGCCCAUGUGGCUUUCUAUACUACUUCCAGCACUCAGUGAUAAUGUCAAGCUUGUUGAUGAGAGCACAGGUGCAGUUUUUGUUUUAUUUGUUUUCUGCUCAAAACAUUCCAUCUAUCGAUACUCUCGCGGGCGCGCCUUCCUUUUUGGAAACACGUUGUUUUGGAAGAAGCUUGACGCCAAGUAGUCGUAGCGGAGCUCCUGACGGAAAGAUGCAACAAUGGCGGGGAGCUUUUUUUGCUUAGUAGCGAAUCGCGAACGCUCAUAAGCGUCAGCUACGAAUGUGAGAUAUCCACGUUUCCGGAAACAACGGUCGUUCAGAGAUAAGCAUACAUGAAGAGGAAGUUUGGGCUUUCAACCAAGCUCGCUAUGACCCAAUCUUGCAUGAGCGUUGAUUGAUUCAUUGAAUGAUAAUGAAAUGUUAGGAACUUUUGGUGCCGGCUUUUCCGCGACGUUUGAUAGUCAGAUGACGUGCGACGUUCAGCGAUAGAACAUUAGCGUUACAGCUACAUGCAGAAUCGUUCAGCGUGAGUGUGGGGUCAAACAAACGGACACUGAGAAAGCAGGCUUCUGAUAUUGGACCAACAACUCGCUACAAAGGUUCAUGAAAAACUUGUAACAUGCUUACGUACGUUACUGGGCUCUUGUUACUUCAGUCAGUAAAACUGGCUGACUGAUGGCAGAAUUUAACCAAAAGAGUUAAACGACAUCGAGGAAAUUUUCCCUUUCACGAUGGUUCACGAUUAACGAUUGAGUACUAGGAAUAUUGGAUUUGAUUUAUUUAACGAUGUUGGACAUAUUUGCAAGUUUUUUUGUCGUCGUUUUUUUUUUCGCAACAAUUGCUUUUCAAAUGACAAGACAAGAAUAUGACAUGAUAAAAUAAAGAAAGAAAGUAAGAAUUCCACUGGACUCAUUUGCGAGACGUAGGCUUUGAAUUAGUAAAUUUUAGUGUGUCGAGAAUCAAAAAGUUGAGUGAAGGGAAAAGAGAGCUACCGUAGCAUUGACAAGUCUUCUAACUCAACAGUUGCUAACCACAGUUACGAAGACAACUUUAUUCAUUCAAAAGUCAUAGUUUACGUAGCUACCAUCUUGGCCUUAGACGACCAGUCUAGAAAUGGGCCGACGCAAAACUUUCUUUUUUUUUAAAUACUAGGUAAUACAGCAAGUGUUAAAUUUUUUGUAUACACUCAUGCGAGCGCUUAGCAUCCUAUGUUACAAUUCUUUACAAACCCUUUUUCAUAAAUAUUCUGUUCGACUACCAACCGGUUGCGGUAGAGAAAUUCGGGUAUAAAAUAGCCUAGCAACUUCUUUUCUGUGUGUUUUACAUUACCUUCUUCGAAACAAUAUACUUGAGGCAAUGAACAAUAUGACCAAGUGCUUUCUGCCAGGAUACGUCACUGCUUCAGGACAAUGAAAGAAAGCAUAAAUCUUUAUUUCAUUGUCCUGAAGCUCUAAUCGCAGGUGUCCGUUGUAGGUAACGUGUCAUUACUAUAGCUUCACAGAUUUGCCAGCUUCUGUCAGCGCUUCCCUGCGUCGUAUUUUUCCUCUGAGAACCAGGUUGGGACGUCUCAUUGUUAAUUUAAAUUUGGCGCUUACCUCUGUUCCUGGCUCACAAAAAGCCGCAGCUAUAGCGCACAUUUAAACAAGCGUUCAACUAAAGAGCAUUGCUUCGCGCUAGUGUCGUCGACAACGAAAAAGAUAAGAAAGACCCAAGACAAGGCACUAUAAAUCAACGAAGCCUAUCUGCGUAUUUCUCGACUCGCAAGCAGAAACCUCCUCCCAACUUGCACACCAGUCCAGGUGCAUUCGUAGAGACUACCGUGUACUUCAAUUAUUUCUUAUUUUUCAAAGUUCGUUUGCAGGAGAGGGAUACGCAAGAAUCCUUGCGUUAUGGUCAAGAAUGACACUAUGCCGGCGUAAUGGGAAGUCCCUUGGAAGCUACCAAUUGUUUCGUACAAGGCGCAUCGUGUACAAAUGACCAAAAAGAAAAUGCCUUCGACAGUCACGCGAAGCAUUUUUUUUUUUUUUGGUCUCUUCAAACUGGGAUCUAGGCUAUGUAGUGUCUACCCGUAGUAGUAGGCCGUUUUACAUAGUGACUGUGUACUGUUGUGUUUUGUCGAGUUUUUAUUCACACGCAGCGUGGCAUACGCUUGUCAGAUGAGCUGUCCAUUAUGACUCCGAGCGUAAAGUGAGAUGACAUCUAGUGGUCGGACAACGUAAUAGGACCAGUGGGUUCCUCACGACGAUCUGGUCUAGGAUCUGGUCUAGGAGUUCGAGCGUCAAUUACACGCAAACACAGCUCUAAGAUGGCUGUUUCGACACACCACAUGAUGCGACAAGAUUUGGAAAGGACCAAACUUUGCGGGAAAGGGAAGCGCUUGACGUCUAUUGUCCUAGCUUCUAAUAUAUAUCUUCUUCUUUUUUUUCAUUGAUGGCAGUUGUUGUCGCGUAGGGUGCACAAAUGAACAUGAGAGGAUCUAAACGUGGUGCCGUAGGAAGGUGUCUGAUUCUUGAAGAUUAAUCAUGAGACCAAUCACCAUCUGUCAACUUUGGCGUCUGUCAAUCACUUCGGCCAAUCACUUCGAACCUGUGUGUUCCCGGUUGGCAUGACAACCAAGCCAAUCAACGCAGUUAUUUCAGCCCAGAGCCUAAUGUAUAUCACUACGAUGUUUUCCUGGGUGCCAAUUCCUUCCUGACCUCAAAUCGUGUUCUAUACGUCGGUGUCUACCGGUUAUAUCCUCGAAGAAUACGUUUCUUCGUUGGGGGCAGUGAGCUUGGGCAGUGAACUGCCAGCAGGUGCCGUUGGGCUUUAUGCUAACUGCCCGUAUUUUCCCCGUACGUACCCUUGGCAAUCAGCAUAUCACGUCAAACGAACAACAGGUAAAAAAUAUAUAUAUCUGUAUAUGCCGCCUUUGUGGGACCUACUCGCCGUAUUAACCUAAACUCUACACGUGUUGAUGUCCGGCGGUUGUAGCUGUAGCGUGUUCCUUCCUCGCAGGCAGCGGUGCACUGUGGCAAACUGUGGUUUGACGAAGCUUCGUGAACGUAGCGUCGUCUUGUAACCGUAUCCUCUCAGUAACGCUAGCAUAAGCAAGUUAAGUUAUUUUACUGAAAUAUUUCCGGCUGCCCAAGAGCCUUCGAUGAAAAGUUGGCAAUUCACAGUUGUCAUUUUUUGCGAACUUCCGUUAAAGCAGUGUCAAGAUUUGUUCGAAUCCGCUAAAGGUGUUAGUAAAUGAGCUCAAGUCUAUUACGAGACAAAAUUGCCACCAAUUUCCUCUCGCGAUCCGGUAUCUACUAAAGGUGCAUGUUUUUUGCGCUAUACGACCCGAAAGGUGCCUAGAUCUUUGGGGAAAUCUUCCAAAACGUCGCCAUUUUUUGGCAUUUAUAUACAAGUAUGUAACAAAAAAUGCGUGUUCUCGCGUACGAAUGAAAACUAAAAAUGGAGAAAUUUAUACUAGGAAUACAAAAUCGAGACAUCUUUUUUUUUUCUCAAACAAAAGAGGUGUUAGCAUGCUUGAUUUGGAAUAUCAUCCAGGUGCUGUAAAAAGCUUCGAGACUUUUAUUCCAUUGGUUGCAGUGAUUGUUGAAUUGGGCCCUUCGAUGAAAUCCCAUCGACGAUAUUCUUCCAUUUCUUGUGUCCAUGCUUGAAUUUUCCUGCUCCUUUUUGAGUGGUUCACGACGGCACAAAUAUGAACCUGUACCUGAUUCUUGGAAAGAAAGCGUCGCAGUUGGAGAACGGUUCGCCCUCGUCCGAGGUGUCGAACCCGGUAACAUCACCUGAUUGGUACAGUUGGUAUGAAUGAACUGAGCUUGUCAGGAAACUAGCGAGUGCGAAUUGGUCGACAACUCAAAGUACCGGAAUAUUUUAAGCAAAUUAGCUCUGCAAAAAUCCGCUAGGCAAUGGAAUGCAGAUGAAAGGAAAAUUUGGCAUUCAGUUUGAAUUCCAACUUUCAGCUUCGGGAAUGUAACUCCACCUAUUGGAUUUCCGUAGAAGUCAUCUCAUUUAGGAUGCUGCAAGAACAUCUCAGAGAAACGGUUUCACAUCCGCGUCGGGGGGCUACUAAGAUCUUCAAUAAAUACGGUGUUAUCUUGGCUUGAAGGUCAAGCCUGAGUGUAUUAGCUAGAACAGCUUUUAUCUUGAUACUGUGGGAAGCGAAAAUAUCGCGCUGUGACCUUUGCGGCCGUUUUGCUUUCGAUUGAUCUUCUUCACACGUCUGACCUAGAGCUGCGUUCCAACCCGGAUCAACCGAACACUGCUAUAUCAUGGCAACGUCUCGAGCGAGCACUUUGAAAACAGUACAUGAAGCAGUUCGUUUUUUUUUUUUUUUUUUUUUGAAACCACCUUGUAAGUGCAUUUCCCAGAACGUGUUUCUUCAUUCCUAGUUGCGUGCAUAAAUUUUCUCAAGUAAGUUGGCGCUAAAGGGGAGUGUAGAUAACUCGACUUUAAAAGAAAAUUGUAUAUCAAUGAUCUGUGAUGUAGCGUGCACUGUUUCUCAUAUACGUGAGAUAUCCGGUAUUCGAGAGCGAAAGAGAGAGAGACCGUUGCCGCUUGUCCUUGCAAGUCAGCAAGCCAGCGUUGAAAUCACUGUUGUCAGGAGCAAAGCGGCGGCCAUGUAAUCGACGUCCGCCGCGAUAACUGUUGAACUUGGUGUCGCCCACCUCUUUCCUUCCAAGUGACGUCACGCGAGGUAUGCGGUGACGUCAUUUCCGGCGUGUAACCUCCUCGGCCUCUUCUUCCUCCUCCUCAACGGUGCGAGUGUUUAUGCUUCUCACUUUUCGGCGUGGUGAAAAGUCACGCCUUCGUUCGUACUUGACCGAAGCCGAAAAGUCGAGUCGCCGUGCUCGUCUAAACCAGCAGGAUUGUGCCACUGCUUGUUGUGUAAAGGUCUUCGAUGGAAUUUGCGCUCCGUUUGACCGCCUCGCUGUUGUCGGUGUCACGACGUACGACGCGUCGCUGCUUUGGUCGUUCGCCAAAGGUUGGCGACGUCGAAGUUGGCGGCGCCAGGAUUAUGUACCACUAUACAGCCGUCGUGUGAUUUGCUGGGCUUUGUUCAGACGCAGCUUUCGCUUGUCUCGUGAUUGGUCGAUUGAACUGCGCUAAACGAUGCGCUAAACGAGUUUCAGAUAACGUUGUCUCGGAAGCAGUGUAUUUUUUUUUAUCUCACGCAUACUGUGCAUACUGAAAGUUUGUUUUUGUUUUUGUGAACGCUUGUGUAAGGCCUGUCAAAUAAGAAAUGCAAUCUCGCAAUUUCUAGCCAAACGCAUUCCUUGUCAUGUACUAGCACGGAGGUUAUUUUUGCAUUGCUUCUUGUCAAGGCGACAGAGGCUGUCAUUAUGUCAGUGAAUUUCUGAAACGAAAACUGGCAGUGCAUGUUUUUGCUGUUGUUCAUCUGACAGAGUAUGUGAAUCAUCGGUUGCUAUGUAAACAUGCAGGAAUGGCGUUCAACUCCACGUUGAGCGCCACUCUUGAGAGGCUGGCGAUGCCGUCGUCGAACCUGUGCCGUAAUUAUAUGCCCGUGUAUCUUGCUUGAGGUCAGACACGUAUUCUGUGGGCGCAUCGGCCAAUGUCAGAUGAACUUUGUGAAUCUGGGCACGAAGGUCGUCAUAGCCAAAGUUUGGCGUGUGUAAUUUACUUAGGUUGCUAUUGCCGACACAGUGCUAUUCCGCUACGAUCUUGAAUUGGACCGUCAUCUUGUUGGCCCUGAUUGGCUCAAAGGACGCCUACGUAUUCUUUGAGUGGCGCAGAAAGCAAUCAGGUGUUCUAAAACAAGGCGGACUUGAGUCGUGUCUAAAAUAGCACCCCUGCAGCGCCAUACGUUGUUCAAGAAGGUUAUGAUGACUUCUCGCGCGAGUAUUCAGCCGCCUGUAGCGGAGCUUUAUAAAAGCUCUUGAUGAAUCUGUCACCCUUUCACAGUAAGGUUUGAUUUGAGAACUUGUAUGCUUGUGUCGGUCAUCAGCAAGUGGCAAUGUACUAUCCGUCUGCACAGCCAACUUUUGUGCUAAGUUUUAUUUUAUUACACACUCUCUUCUUUAGAGAAAACCGAUCAUAACCUAUCUCAGAAGCGUUACUUUUUGUCGAUCACCCAUACCCUUAUCGACAAGCGUUAGCUGCGUUCGAAACCGGCCCAACUGUCGUUUCUGCCGCCGACUGGGAAUGUGAUUGCCCAGGGAUUAUUGCGCUGAUUCUCUUGUACGCGAGUGUACGUGUUCAUAUGCAUUUCUCCGAAUCACUGCUGCUUACUGAAAGCGCGGUUUCUCGAAAGUCAUUCACGCGACGAACUGCCCGUCUGUGUUCUAGCUCCACAACGAUCAUUUUCAGGCUAGGGCUGGGCAGCGAACUGGCAAGCACGCUUUUAUAUGUUACGGAAAGUCGCUUCUGAUGGCAACCACUUCUAUUCUGCGUUCUCGCGACUCGUAGAGAGUUUUAGGUGACUGGGAACCUGAGCAACAGGCCUGACGUUCCUGCGCACAGUGUCCCUUCAAGCGCAUUGCGCAUGCGCAAGGACAUCGCGGCCACAGCGCAAACUGUUCCGUAGCAGGGUCCACACUCAUCUAUCGUCCUCUCUCUUUCUCCAGUUAUUUGUGUGGCGCUGCAGGCAAUUCAUGUUUUGUAUACCGCUGCAUUCAAAAAACUUCAUAGGGAGUUUUAGCUUAGCGCAACUAUAGGAUAUCGUUACGCAAGCCGUUUAUUUCAUGCUGUUUCCUAACGUCGAAAAUGUGGAUACAACGCUUUCAACUUUUAGUCGGUUUUCACGCGUACGUGGCAGAGUAUCAGGAGAUAAUGACGCUGUCCGAAAUUGUCUGAUAUGUAGUCUUCCUAGACGAGAUACAAGCGGGAUUCCACGAUAGGCAAAUAACACUAAUUGGGCUUCCACCUGGGGCCACAUGCCGAAGCCGAAGCGGACCGUGCAUGAACUCCAAUUUUUAUGCGCUGCCUCAUAACCGGGUAGUAAAUAUGGCUCUGAAAAUUGCGUUUCUCUAAACCUUCCCAAUAAGCACGUGUUCUUAGCACAAUAUCGGCCUGAUUCUAUGCCUAUGACAUGGGCUCUUUCGUAUUUAUACGCCGAAGUAUAUAUACUGUGCGUGGAGCUCGUAGCAUGACGCUGGAAGUGCGAUUGGAACGCCGGUAUAUUAGAGAGCUUUAGUGCACCGCAAGUAUGCCCCCGCUCACAUCAACACCUUACAUUAGCGGGAACUAGGAAUCGAAUGCGGCCGGGCCUGAAACGUUAAUGCAGUGUCGGCCGUGUACAUCUUCCUAUUUCCUGGUAAUGCACGUAGUGCGUACGUAUCGGCAGUGCGCUAAAACUCCCCAAUAUUCCGGCGCUACGAACGCCCUACCGAACACUCAUUCUACGGGCUGCACGCACUGUAAAGGCAGUACUGGAAAUUGCUUGGAGGCAAUACCCCGAAGUCGAAGCAUGCAGCAUGUCCAGCUGUGCAGAAGCUUCCAUUGUUGUGGGGCACUGCUGUAGAACGCCCCAGCUGUCACUUUGGAGGUCGCCUACCGCUGCGAAAAAAAAAACACAUGUUCGCGCGCAAGGACGAAAGAAAUGCUGAGCCGAACGAGCACUAAGGCUACGCGGUGUAACCGAUGCCGCCUUCCUUUCGCUGCCUUCCUGCUGUACUUUUAUUUUGCUUUCUUAUUUCGACUUUUUAGAUCGGCCAUCGGCUCGUUCCAAAUGCAACAAGAGUUCGUUCACUCUUGCAGCUUCCGUAGAUUUUUUUUUUUUUUUCGCAUCGGUCGCUUCAAAGUUUGAAGAGUUAUGCGUGUUAUGACAUUUACUUGUCAGAGGAACUUGUUUGCUUUCGUUUAACAUUAAAGCUAAUUCCGAAGUCGGCUUUCUUUCUUACUUUAGCUUCUUCUUCCUUUGCUAAUUUCUGUCUUGGGCGUGUUGCUCCUGUGGCUUUGGACAGAAGCAAUUAUCUUGAAUAUAACUUUCUUCCUUUCCCGCUCCGAAUUAUUUCAACCAGUCUCUUAGAGAAACCGGGGAUUUUUCUUUUCUACUUCUUUUUUUUUUCUAGGAGAUCGGAGCGUUUAUCAAAAUAAGUUCGGCGACGCCUUACGUCGCCAUCUUGCGUCGCCAGAGGGAGACACUUGCUUCAGGCAGGGUUUCAUUUUCCCAGCCUUUAUUUGUUCCGGCAGAGAGAAGCAAUGUUCUUUUCCGAUGAAGUGCUGAAAUCGAAGGUCACAGAGUAGUUAUAGUCGGGUCCGUUCCCCUGUCACACGACAAUUAAAUUCUGCUUUAAGAAGCGGAUGUUAAUCUCUAAUCGUUCAUUUUAUGACGUGGUCCUCCUGCCUGAACGAAGGCACACACAAAGAAAUGUCAAGUGAGGAUGCGUACUGCGACUUUGAAACGAAGGACAAAUGCCACGCGUCGUUGCUCUGUUUUACCGCGUCCACGUGUGCUUUCUCUCUCUCUCUCUUUCAUAGCAACGUUCCAACGCCUGCGUUUCUCUGUGGGGUCAUUGUUCCGUGUCAUUACUCGCCCUUUUAGAGGACUCUAAUGUGCCAAAACGCGUCUGACUGGCUUAGCUGAUCAGAUGCGACACGGAGUGAUACUGAGGUUCUUGUCUAUGUUCCUUCAUCUUUAGGUCCGUUGUUGCGAUUCACUCGCCUUCCACUAUAGCGCCACGUUAGAGUGACUCGUAGUAUUUUCGGUAGAACGCGGCCUUUCGUCUCUACUUUCACCAGUUUAUACUAUAUCUGCGAGAUUCCGACUUCUACGUUUAUUUUUCGUUCUCCAGGUAUUUGCUAGAAAGAGAUGUUUCGCACUGUCCCAUUCGAGUUUUAUUUGGCCGUGAUAACACGCCCUCGGCGUAAGCUCUUUGACUCAGGCAGAAGAACGUCCCAAAGGCAACCCACCCACACGAAUUGUAACUCCUUCAGUUGUACAUCGCUGUAUGUUAUUUGUUUGGUUAAUCUCCCGCCUUCCACUGCCAUAAAGCUUGCCCCCCCUCCCCCCCCCCCUUUCUAGUAUUUUUUUUUUUUUUUGCUCCUUUGUGUGAGCGAUCGCUUUUCGGAGCAUUCUUGCGAAAUGCUUGCAGAAGGCACGCAAGGGAACGCAGCGACACCGCGAACCUGCAUGAAACACGUCGGCGAUUUCGCAAGGUGGACGUAGCAAAGAAAGAGCCACGUAAGACGCGAACACGUUUGACUCGGCGUCCGCACCCGACCGCCUUGUCCACCGAGAAUAGAUUUUCCCCUUCUAUCAGGCGACAAUCGAACAACUUCUUCGUGGAGCCUACACUCCGCACUCCCCCGCUCUACCAACCGCUGUGAGCAGGGCUUGAACAUCUAUGGUCCAUUGUGCACUCCGCAGGCCAUUGUUGUACACCGGUUGCAGCCCAGCGUAGACAGCGCGCAAACGCGAGAGAAACCCAGAACCGCUGCUCGCCCGUUGUGACGGAUGCGAAUACACUGCGCAGUGCGCGUUAGGAGAGCGAGUUAGGUUGCGAAAAAGUACGUUCGUGUAACCCCGACUCCCGCAAGUUUAGAAAUAAAGUGAGAGGCACUCAGGGUCGGGUUCGCUAUCUGCGGUAGAAUAACUAAAACAUUCUGGCAAUGAUUCGCAUAUUUGACGCAGGAAAGUCGAUCGCUUCGACUGACGACCAUUCUUAGACGCAACAACCUCAAGUACCCCGGGGGCCUGGGGGCUUUCCUCAGAGUUAUUUAUUUUAAGAGUCCGUUGAAAACUUAUAGACGCAUUGAGUCGGGUGGUUUUAAGAUUUUCUAUAUGCAAACGUCCUGUGAACUAAUGACAUUAUACUUUUUGUCGAUAAAUGUCUGUGGAUUUGCCACGAACAACCCGCUCAGAAGUCCGUGGUCCAAAGUAGAUGAAAGGAAGUAGGCGUGUCAAUGCCACUCAUCUCUGUAGACAGUACAUAGAAUUUACGAAGCCGGAUUGGAUGAGUGCAUAAGAAAACAGUACGGUCUGCAGGAAGUCUACAGAAUACGUCUACAGAAUAUCUGGCCUUAUCUUUAGCUUUAUGGAGGUUAGAGUGGUUGAAACAGCGUUGACAAGUUACCUUUGCGAUUACCUACUUUGAGGCAUCUUAAGAAAACAUGCUCGUCUCAGUGCAGUGUUUGCGCUGCAGAGGGAAAUUGGACGACUCGUAGCGGUAGCGCUUAUGUUUAUCACUCAGUUCUAAAUAAUCGUGGUAUUUUUGUUUAUUUGUUUAUUUUUUGGCCUUUCUUAUUUUGUCCUAAAUUGUGGGGCACGAACUUUGCCACGAGAAAGUUCUUUCAAGUUAUAAAACUAAGUUUAGGCAGUCUGGAUACCCUUAGAAUCUUAUUGUAGACGUUAUUGACUUCCUUCAGACAUACUGCUGUCUAUAUAAAAAAAAGUUUCUCCCAUAUCGGUUUUAUCCGGUUUACACGUGGUCCAUGCGCCUCAAACGAUCUGUUCCUAAAUAUUCUACCGGGUAAACAACAGACGACAUUAACUACCCUGUAAUACCGGUCAACAUUAUUAGUCGUGACAUAGGUUCGCGUACUUCUUACAGAGCUGAUAGACGUUGUAGCAGCUAGUCUGUAGGAAUAAGGAUUUGUAAGGUGGCACUUGUUUGCUUUAAUCCUAGUUUGCGAUCAAUUCCGUCAGAUGGCGUCGCCUUCGCUGCCCAGUCCUUCGACCACGCUUGUAUCUCUCUGAAUUCAGAGGCGUCCUUGAGCUUCUCGCAUAACAGAUAUGUCCGCUGUGUUCGCGUUCUCGACUCGUUUGGCCUUAAGCGAGAGAUAUGUGUACAAUAUAUGAAUCGUUGCUUAGUGGCUAGGUCUAUUUUUUUUUUUUUUUCGUGCGACUGUGGCUUCAGGUGCGAAGUGUGCAUGUGUGAGCUUUCGUAUUGUUGUUGUUGUUGCCGCUGCUGCUAUUUGUUGGUUUAUGUUGUCUGUUUGCUUGUUUGUUUGUUUGUUUGUUUGUUUGUUUGUUUGUUUGUUUGUUUGUUUGUUUUAUAAACAUAUGCAUUUUUAUUACGCGUUCACGUGAGAAAUGAACACAUGUCACCUCCCCCGACCCCCGACUCUUUUUUAUCCACUUCACACAAAAAUACGAAAGUAUGGAAAGACGACGAUAAAAUAUUAAAGAAAAAAACACGAAAAAAAAACAACAAAACACUUGAAACGACUAGAAACACACGAGACAACAUUUGUUGAUAUGACGCAACCGCAGAGAGUAAUAUAUAUAUUUUCUAUGGGUCUGUCCCAUUUGUUGACAUAUAUUUCUAUAGUGGUGAGACGGCGUUCGUUCCACAUCGUAUCGGUAUAGUGUAUAUUAUAUAUAAUUAUAUAUAUAUACAUAUAUCUAUACAUGGAUAUAUAUAUAUAUACAACUACCUAUAUACAGAAUGCCGCAUAUGGACAUGCAGAAAAGACGUGUUGUUCCAGUUUCUUGGAAGAUAUUUGCUGUUGUCAAAUAAAAAUGUUUCGAAGCUC